AUGGCGUCGUCGUCGUCGACGGCAACCGAUCGCGCUUCUACCAAUGAGCACGUCAGAUUACAGCAGACAGUCCUCCGGGUCGAUCCUCAAUCUGAUUACUUUCACUAUGAGACUACGAUGGAAGGAGGAGCCAGUUGGACGGAUUCGUUGGAGAAGGACUUCGACAAAGCGUUCGUGGCUUUGGACCUUCUUCUCGGAGAAAUCGAUUCGGAUCAGGUUGAGAUCACGUAUGAGGGCCGACAAAAAAUGACAUCGUUGAGUGCGUGCUUCGCACAGAUGAUGCACAAAUGCCAAUGGAUGAUACACACAAUUAGCAAGCAGGAGAAAGAAAUGACCGCAAUGAGAAGCGAGAUGGUCGAGGCGAGAGCAGCUCGCGAUAGCAUGGAAAAGGAGGUGGAGCAGCUGAUGCUGCAGGUGCACAGUCUGCAAUGCCAGUUGCAUUCGAAGACGGCGCCGCAUGAGUCGGACAUGAUCAAGAAGAAGCUGGAAGGACAGCUGACACAGUUCCGCACCGAUUUGAUGCAAGGAUUGAGCACCGUGUGCGAGUUGGAAAUGGCGAGAAAAGAGUGCGAACGCCAGAAGAAGACGAUUCAGGCAUUGGAGACCGAAGUGUUCGGAGCGCGACUGGCCGCCAAAUAUUUGGAUAAAGAGUUGGCCGGUCGAAUUCAGCAAAUUCAGCUUCUCGGACGAAACAUGCGCGGAGUUGAACACGAUCGAUUGUGGAAUCAGUUAGAAGCCGAGAUUCAUCUUCAUCGUCAUAAAACUGUGAUUCGUGCGUGCAGAGGUCGAGGCACGACGAAAGGAUUAACGGCUCCAGCGCGCCACGACUUCAAGAGUCUCCGAAAGCGUAAUGGAGUGGGAAAAAGCCGAAAAGUGACACUCACGAAGCAUCCACAUGAGGGUCUUGGAAUAUCGAUUACGGGUGGAUCCGAACACGCGCUUCCGAUCGUCAUUUCCGAAAUUCAACCGGGCCAGCCGGCCGAUCGUUGCGGGCAGGUUUUCGUGGGUGAUGCGAUCUUGUCGGUGAACGGAUAUGAUUUGCGAACCGUCAAACAUCAGGAAGCAGUUGAUAUACUGAGUGGGCAGCAAGGCGACUUAGAUUUGGAGUUGGUGUUUGUCUGUCCCGACGAGGAUAGCGAUGACGACGGAACAGUGAUGAUCGAACACAGCGAUGGAUCAAUAUACAACUUGUACAGCAUCGAGGAACCAUCGUCAAGUCGUUCGUCGACCGCUUCUCAUAACAAUUCCGAAGGCUCGCGGAGCACAUGA